AUGCCUCCUGUCAGACGGCAGCGGACGGAGCCCAUUGUUCGGGUGAGGACCGGGUGUCUAACCUGCAGACGUCGCAAGAAAAAGUGCGAUGAAGACAGACCGGCCUGCCGCGGUUGUGUGCGGAAUAAACUCACCUGUCUGUGGCCGUCCAAUCUACUACUAUCCCAGCAUGCAUCAUCAGCAUCAUCAAUGGCACCUGAUACGAUGGCCCAACAAGACACUCAAAGUCAGCGAGCGAGCCCCGGAUGUGACAGCGUAGGUCGUGAAUCACUUGGUUCGCUUGAUUCUCCCACGUCUCCCCCAUCUCCUGCCCAACAGUCUAGCACUUCGGACUCUGCCGAGCCCUCCUCCUUGGCAAAUGAAGAGCACGCCCUUCUACAACCGAUAGCCCUGGGGAGCGCUAGCGUAGAGCCCAAUACUCCUGUCAUGACUGUGGGUGAUGUGGUGCCUCGAAAUCUGUCAAUGCUUCCAGGCUAUGGCCAAGAAUCCUUCCAGCUACUAAGCCACUACCUGGCGACUACCGCCGAUUGCAUGGCUAAUGGAUCAACGCCCGUCAAUCCAUUCUUGGUCCAAAUCGUCCCGCUGGCUUUUACGAGUGAUCUUCUGCUCCAGCUAGUAUUAACGCAAAGUGCCGCCCAUCGUGCAUUCCGGGGCCGGAACGAAACCGAUCAAGUCGCUCAGACCCACUACACAAAAGCGUUGCAAUUAUUUCGCAGGGGAGUAAGCGAGUUUAUCGACGGUAAAGAGUCAAAUCCAUUGAUGCUCACUGUUGGAGCCCUUGUGAUGUGCUUUACAGAGACCGCUAAAGGGGAUAUGAAUGGCACGAUAUUCGACCAUCUUUCUGCAGCCAACACGCUUCUCACCCGCCUACUUUCUCUCAGCGAUGCAGCUGUACCAAAAGAACUGAAAGACUUUGUCAUCGAAUACUAUACCUACACAGCGGCCGUGAGCAUGAUAUCUAUCGAUGCCAGAGUCAGCCCACAGCUGCUAUUAAAUUUCGAAUUAGAGCAACGUGCACGAUCAUUGUUAGAUUCAGAGUAUGUUGGAAACUUGUGUGGAUGCUGGUUAGAGCUGUUACUUCUGAUCCCCUGCAUCUUCGACUUGGGGAGACAGUGGAUGAUGUAUGACGGACAACCCUCGAUGCCCACUGCCGAUGAAAUUGCCAUGUUUGGCUCACUACAGGCCCAGAUCCUACAGUGGUCGCCUUAUACAUCUGUUACCCCGGAAGUAUUUUUAGCUGGUCGCAUCUUCCAGCAAGCCAUGCUACUUUAUCUAUACACAGCGUUGGGCUGUUUCUCGCGCACAGCGAAUGGCAUGCACCAAGGGCUGGUUCAGACUGCCGUUGCUGAAGGCAUGUCGUAUUUGAGUCAGCUUUCUGCAACAGUUCGCAUUAACUCCGGUCUUUGUUGGCCUAUCGCUGUGAUUGGGUCUUGUCUGACUCAUACCCAGCAGCAGGAGGAGUUACGAAGCCGAUUAAAUACGAUGGUUAGGAGGUUUGGUCUAGGGAAUAUGCAGCGAACUUUACUUUUGCUGGAGCAUAUGUGGUUAGUGCCUCUCGACGAAGCUGGACCGUGGAACAUAUGCCGAGCGAUGCAACAACAUCAAAUCUGGAUCUCAUUUGCAUAA